AGCAACAAACGUAGAGGCCUUUGCGAAAAGAUGGCUGCCACGGACAGCGUGGAUGAUGUGCAGGACGAUUUGGUGGCGAAGGACCUACCGGAGCUGAUUGCAUUGUUAAGUGAUUUUAAAUCCAAAAUCUCUGAAGUAUUUCCAAGCAUUCAAUAUUUGCAGGACAAUGUUGAUAGCGAAGAUAUGAACACUAAGGAAGGUAUCAGUUUCCUCGAAGUAAAGUUUCAUCUUUUGUUGAAAUAUAUAAUCAACAUUUUGUUAGUCAUGUUAAUGAAGGUUGAUGGGGAAUCUUUGAUCGAUGCCCCAGUGGUUGAGAGACUUGUUGAAAUACGGACUAUUUUAGAGAAAAUAAGGCCAAUUGAUCAAAGACUGAAAUACCAAAUUGACAAGCUCGUAAAACAGGCUACAUUGGGGGCUUCUUCAUCUGGUGCACUAAAUCCGUUAAGUUUUAAACCGAACCCUGAUAAUAUGUCUUCCAAAAUGGAUGGUGAAGAGGAUAGCUCAGACGAAGAAAAAACUGGUGUUUAUGUGCCACCCAAAGUAGCUGCUGUCCCAUAUGAAGAUGAUACGCUUGAGAAUCGCAAAAAGAAACAUGACGAAAGGUCCAGGAUGAAAUCAUUAAACAAAUCUCUUAUAAAAGACUUGAGGGAUGAGUAUUCUGAAACACCAGAAGAAAUAAAGGAAGACUACAAAUCAUUUAGACGAGGAAGAAAUGAGGAUGAUGAAAAGGAAAAGGAGAGGUAUGAAGAAGACAAUUUGAUUAGGCUGAGCCUUGGUAAAAAGAGCAAAGUUUCAAGAAAUGACAGCAGCUCAAAAGAUCUGACAAAGUUUGGUUCUUUUGACUUUGAUAGUGAAAAUGAAGAUGGUGAUGGAACAUAUAAGAAAAGGAACAAAAAGGAUAAAUUUUCUGGUAAAGGAAAGGCAAAGAAAGGGAAAUUUGCAUUCAAAAAGAAGAAGAAAAAGUUUAAAAAAUAACAUAAAGAGCCAGUUUUGAAUUAAACUCUGACAAUUUACUUAAUCUUAUAUCUACAAACUGUCAGUGUUCCAAGAAACCUCUUUAUCAUGAAUUUUCUUCCAUAUUUCAGAAAAAUUCUUAUUUUGAGUUGUGAUGAUUACAAACUUAAUUUACUGAAUUUCUUAAAGUCCAGUCCAUUUUUCCUUUGAAAAUCAUGUUAUAUUGUAGUAGUUU